AUUUAAUUUAGAAAUAUGUCAAGAAAUUUAUAUAAUAUGAACUCGGGUGAUUUGCCAUAUUUCUUAAACCUAUUUUUUUUAUAAGGCGCGAGUACUUUAUUUCUAUGAAGAUAGUUAUCAGGUUGUUAAUUUUAGUGGAUUCUUACGGAUCAAACAGUCCAAAUUUUUCUCAAAUUUUAUCUUAAGAGAAAGGCAGGAAACACCAAUGAAAAUGAAGGGGGACCUGCCCCUCCCAACGCCGCCUCCCACUUUCACCCGGAGAAAGAUCCGGAUCCUGGAGCAGUUAGCCCGCCCGGAUGACGAGUACACGGAUGCUUCGCCCAAGGGGUCCGUGGACGCGGGGAUCCGCGAGUUGAUUGGUGAAGUUAAUGGGUUGGACGGGUUCGUCACGACGAGUAGUUGUGCGGGGAGGGUGAGCGUGUUUCUGGAGGGGAGCAAGAAGGCUGUUGCUGUUGGUGAGGAGGAUGGGGGAGAAGGAGAUGGGGUCGAGGAGGAUGAUGAUGAUGAUGAUAAUGAUGAUGAUGCUGGGAAAACCGAGGUUAGGAAACUUGCGGGUGUGGGUGGGAAGGGCGGUGGGGGUGCGUGGUUAUUUGUCUCGCAUGAUCCGGUUCCGUUGGGACAGGGCGAAGGGGAUGAUGUGGAGGAGAUGUUGGGGCUGAGGAGAUGUCCUGAGGAGGAGGAGGAGGAGGAGGAGGAAGAGAGAGACGAGGCUGGGGAAAUGCUAGCGGAUGGUUCUGUUCGGGAUGUCGCUGCUGCGAGGCUUGUCCACUUCAAGUUCGAGCCUAUGAUUCUCCACGUCUUGACCGCCUCACCAGAGCACGCCCAGCUCCUCCUCCGGUGUGCUCUACAAGCCGGGUUCCGGGAGAGCGGCGCCGUGAGUCUAACCCCCGCUGCCGGAGAACAGCACGCAACCCCCAUAGUCGCCAUCCGGUCCAUGGGCCUCACGUUCGAGUCCCUGAUCGGAUACCAGUCCGGAGGCCGCAGCAGCAACGACAAGCUUCGCCGCACCGUGUCGCCGGCGUAUCUACGGACGCUUAUCCGCAUCGCCAACGAGCGGUUCGUCGAGAACGCGAAGAGGAUCGGGAGAUUCCGGGCGGCUCUUGCGGAGGCGAGGAGGCCGGUGGGCGAGAGCGGGUGGGAAGACGCGCGGGUCCGGCGGGAGAGAAAGAGAGCGGAGGGUCUGAGGAGGAGAGAGGAGUUACGGAGGCAGAAGUAUGGUGGUGGUGGUGGUGGUGAUGCCGCAGCUGUAGAAAAUUCGACUUUAGAUGUCUCGUUAAAUACAGAUUUCACAUGAAUAAUAAUACUCAGCAUAUAGCACGGAAGUGCGAGAAACCAAUUAUCAUCCAUCUUUCUAUACAGCUCUGUUUUCCCUGAGCGCUUCCUAAAAUGCUAUGCUAUAAGUGUCGAAUAUUGUUACAACAGAGUAUCUAUCGUAGGUAUUAGGGGUUU